AUGAGACCUCCCUCCCUAUUGUCGAUUCUACUUUUGCCUUGCUUGUCGUACGGAAUCAAGCAAGUCCUCAUGGCUUCCGACCAACUGAGCAAGUGGGAGUGGCUCGAAGAACAAUUGUCUCCAGAGGCCCUGGAAUGGGUCAGCCACGAGAACAACCUCACGACCGACGCGCUCGAUGCACUUCCAAACGCCGAGGCCCUACGGGACGAAAUCGUGGCUCUCGCCGACAGCGACGCGCGAAAUCCUGAUUUCUGGAUGGCCGGCCAGCUCUUCCGGCUGCAAAAGAACGCCACCAACCAAAAUGGUAUCCUGGAGAGGGCCGACAGAAAGCUCGACGGCUCCGUGGACGAAUGGGUGCAGGUUAUCGACAUCCGGGAACUGGGGAAAGCAGAGGGCAAGGAAUUCGACUUUUACAGCUACAACCUCAACAGCGCCGUGCUCGGCCCGGACGGCUCGCGCUUGCUGCUCCAGCUGACCAACGCGGGCUCGGAACUGGUGGAAUUCCGCGAGGUCGACGUCGAGACGGGAGAAAUCGUGGCUGACGGUUUCCGCACCGAUCCUGGCCGCACGACGGCGGCGUGGUUGGGCGUCGAUCACGUCCUCAUCGCCCACGCCCUGACGGGAGGUCCCACCAACGCCAUCGGCUGGCCUACCACGGCGUACAUAUGGGAACGUGGGACGCCCCUCGAAGACGCUGCGCCCGUUCACGCGGGCCUGAUGACCGACGCGCUUUACGUCACCGCCAACUUUGGGACGGGAAGCAGCCAUCGAGGGCUGAUCAGGCGAUACGUGGACUUUUCCACCCUCAUCCACUACAUUGUCUCGCUGGACGGCAGCGUCGAAGAGGUCCCGCUGCCAACGGCAAUCUCCAUGACCCCCCCUGACAUACAAACCGGCCGCCACCUCGUCGUGUCGCUGGCGCAAGCAUCAACCGUCAAUGGCACCGAAUUCCCGAUCGGCACAGUCCUAGCCUAUGACUUGGAAGCAGCCGGUGGGCCGUCGGAAUCCAGGAUAACCAUCGUACACGUUCCCGAAGAGAACGAGUUCAAUCCGGACCUCGUCCUCGACGGGAUGAGAGCUAGCCACUCACGGGUGUACCUUACCACUACCCUGAACGGGGCCGAGCGCCGCCUGGUUCUGGAAUACGACAGCCCGUCGUGGAGGCUCGUUCGGACCACGCCGACAGGCGACGGCCUACACGCCGCUGUGAUCGCAUCGGACCGAUAUACCGACGACGUGGUCGUAUCCGAGGGUGGGUACCUCCAGCCAGCGAGAUUUUGGCUCGAAAAUGUGGAUGUGGAGGACGAGCAUACACUCCAUGAGCAGGCAGCCGUAUUCAACGGCGACGAUUUCGUGGCCACCAGAGGCGUGGCUGAAAGCAAAGACGUCACGCUGAUCGACUACCUGCUCCUGUCUCCCGUCAAAUCAAGCUACCCGGCCGGAGAGCUCCCGUUGCUGAUGACAGGCUACGGCGGGUUCGGCAUCACAGUGACGACGGGCUACCUCAACUUCUUCGUGGGCGGGGUGUCCAUCGUGCCGUGGUUCGAAAGGGGGGGCGCCCUAGCAGUCGCGUACAUCCGCGGGGGCAGCGAGCGCGGCGAGGCGUGGCACCAAGCCGCCGUGCGGGAGAACCGGCAGAGGUCUUACGACGACUUCGCCGCGGUGGCGGAGAAGCUCGUGGCGGACGGGCUCACGACGCCGGCGCGCAUGGGGGUGUUCGGGUCGUCCCACGGCGGGCUCUUGGCGGCGGUGAUGGGAACACAGAGGCCGGAUCUCUUCGGCGCGGUGGUGGCCGAUGUGCCCCUCACCGAUAUGCUGCGGUACCACCUCAUCGGUUCCGGGGCGGUGUGGGCGCAGGAGUACGGCCACCCGGACGAGCCGGAGAUGGAGGCCGUCCUCCGGGCGUAUUCGCCCCUGCACAACGUCCGAAGAGGGGUGGACUACCCGGCGUUCUUCGCGUCCAUUUCUACGACGGACGAUCGCGUGGGCGCGGGACACGCCAGGAAGCUGAUUGCGAGGCUGAAGGAGGUGGACGCGAGGGAUGCGUUUCUCUACGAGGAUCGGUCGGGUGGGCAUGGGAGCGAUCCCACCGAGGGCAUGCCGGGCCGGAACCACGUGCGCAAGUCGCGAAUCGCUCCGGUGCAGCAGCGGCAGGCUGCACGUGCGGACAACAGCAAUUUGAGGAUCAAGAUCGAGCUGGAUCUUGAGAUGCAUCUGAAUCUGUAUGCCACAGUCAAGGGCGACCUGACCAUCGGCUUGAUGUGA